UGUAGUUAAAGAAGUUUUUUCAUAGACUAAUACUAUACGAGAGAAGGUAAACAUGCACAAAAACACAAAAUAUACUCUUUACAAAAACGUUAUGUUUUCGGAUUGUGUCAUUUAAAUGAAAUGGUAAUAUAUGCGGAGUUGCUCUAUGAUGAGCGAAUGUAUCUAGUCUAACCAAGUCAAAUGUUAUUUGCACAGCAGCAGUCUGGCUGAUGGACAUAAUUGUGUUCAUGACAAUUUAAACAUUUACUUUCAAUUCAUUCACAGUGUGGUAUAAUGAGACAAUAACAAGCUACAGAUGCGGACAGGUGCCGGUAUGAUUUGACUGAGGGGGACGAAAAACAGGCAGAGCCCAGCGCUCUGAAAUCUGUGAUGCGACCAGCUGGCCUGCAUUGUUAUCACCCAGGGAGAGCGUCUCUUCAACCCCUGUUCAUACUAGGAAACAGCCGUGGACAGCUGCUAAAGGGAGGCCUACAAACAAUCCUCCUAAACCACCAAGUGUGCCAAUCCAGAACAGAUACGCUCCACCGACACAGAACUGGAGAUCUCUUUCUGAUUACCUGGAUAACCUGUCCUCUUCACACAGCAGGGUUGAUGCGGCCUUAGCAUUCGCCUCUACUGCCUAUGCCAAGGGCCGGCCCUGGGAGAGUCCUCUGCUGUCAGACUGAGAGACUGAUAACUACAGCUCAGGCUGCUAAUGCUGAAGAGCAGAGAGAAGAAGAAUUUGAGGAGAGGACAACGCCUUUCAGAACAAAUGCUUUUCUGAUUAUCGACAAAAUGAUGGAGCUGAAUGGCUCCUGUGCAAAUCGAACUAUACAGUUAGUAGAUGAGAUUCUUCACAGCAUUUUUUUUUUGGGAAGGAUCAGUUUACCACCAAUUUCACCGGAAGAUAUUGUGAAUGAUGACGAGAUGUACAAUGAGUUGAAGAACACCUACCCUCUGCCUUUUGAACUGUAUUCCUCUCAACUACCCAGGAGGAGUCCAUUCUCAUGUGUGCUAGACAUGAUUGUUUUCCUGAAAGGACGAGAGAACGAAAAUGAAAUAAAACAGAAGCUUCAAGAGAUCAUCAGAGAACUUGGCCUUGAUAAGGGGGCUCCUCUGGUCUCCUCCACCAUCUGCAUCUCUCAGAAGAACCCAAGCUCAGCCAGGUACUACGGGGUCUCCAUGUCCACUUCUAGCAAGGUUUCUAGGAAAAUCAUGAUUGCUGCGUCUUGUCUUCCUGGUAGCUGGGACAGUUAUGUUGCUGGUGCAGUGAUGACAUUCAAUCAAAAUAUGAGCAAGAAGCCAUAUUUUGAUGGAACCAUCAAACUGCCUCAGCCUGUAACGUGCCAGGCGUUUAGCCUCCACGGGGGAGGAGCACCAAUGGAUCCUUGCAAAUCAUGUGUGGAGUUGUUUGGUUUGGGAGGACACGACACGAAGAGGUUUCCCUAUGGCAACUGUGCUGAGGUUGAAAGUGUGAGCGACUUGUUUAAAAAUGAUACAGGAGUUAAGGAGCAAGCACGACCAACAUCUGAGCUGUGCACACCUGCAAACAGGAGCAUGGCAGAGAAAAGUGUCAGGGAUGAUCUCAAGGUUUUGCUGAAAACAUUUAAAUUCCCAUGUGAUUAUCACUUCUACAUCCCCUCAGCGUAAAUGAAGGGGAGAAAUAUUGGACAUUAAAUAUUGACAAGUCUAAUUAGCAUGGUCUUUUCAUAUUUAAUGACAUGACAGAUAUCUUGUGACAUUAUUCACAAAUACUUAACCUUCAAACAAAUUAUCUAAUUUUAAUCCUUUUAUGUAACUCCUGUUCUUCAAUCAAAUACAUCAUGCUUUAUCUUUGCUACUUGUUAUGUUUGACAGUGAAUAUAUAAAUGCAAAUGUUUGUCAACUGUCUGAAUGAAGCAUGCAGGCAAUGAUGUAUUGAUCAUGUUGUUAACAAUACAUUCUAAUAACGUAAACUAA